GACUUUUUCUUUUUUCAUAUUUCUAUAUGAGGUUACGUGUCUUGGGAAACUAUUCACAAGUCACCACGUAUGCAAAGUCACACCUGAUGUCUGAGGUCUUUACAAGGAUUAAGGAUCACGUUCCUCUCUGAGGGCGCUAUAACUCCGGAAAAGGAAAUUGCAUUAUAACGCAUUCGGCCGGGUCUGAUCCGCACAGGGUUGGACACGAUACAUCAUAAAACCCGACGGAUGGCAAACACAUUAAAUUAAAAUGGCAUCGAGCAGAGGACAAGAUGCCUCAACCCAAAGUGAAGCUGGUGGUGACAGGGGAUGAUUUUGGGUACUGCGAGAGAAGAAAUCAAGGGAUUGUGGAUUGCUUCAGAGCUGGUGGGAUCUCCAAUGUCUCUCUGUUGGUGAAUGCAGUCUCGGCGAAGCAUGCAGCAGAUUUGGCUAAAAGGUAUAACAUUCCUAUUGGACUCCAUGCGAAUCUCUCAGAAGGUCUUCCUGUUUCCCAGAAACUGACAGGAUCAACACUUCUUAACAAAGAUGGGUUCUUUCAUGGCAAGAUGGGAUUUCGGGAGGUUCUGCAGAGUGGGCAGCUCAUGAUGUCGGAGGUGGAUGUUGAGCUUAGGGCACAGGUAAACCGUUUCUGUGAACUGAUUGGACACAUGCCCGAUCAUAUGGAUGGCCAUCAGCAUGUCCAUGUGCUGCCAGAGGUCAGAGAAGUGUUUGCCCGAGUGCUCUCAGAUUUUGGAAUCACCUACACACGGGUGCCUGUGGAGCCUGGCCUCACGUUCUGCACGUUCCUCCCAUCCCAUCUUCGAUGCUUCUACACACAGGUUGAAAAAGAUGCCCUUGAAUCUGUUGAAGUCUUUCAUCGACAUGGCAUUAGGUGGCCUGACAUAUAUCUGGGUCUAAGCACCAUGGGUAAAACUAUGUCCAUCCCCAACCUCAAACGAGCUUUAGGCUUCACGCUGGAAGCGCAGGCGCCAUCGCUGGAUGAUGGUGUGAUUUCUCCGUUAAUACUGACACAGACCAGUGAAACCACAGCUGACUCCCAUCAACCAGUUACAGCUGAGCUGAUGGUGCAUCCAGGUUAUCCGAGUCAUCCGCACCAGGGUGGAUGUGGAGAAGGGCCGGAUGAUUUCUCGCAGUCCACGGACCGACUACACGAACUGAAUACUUUAAAGGACCCUUCGGUGCUCAGUUACUACAGGCAACAGGGGAUCCACCUCUGUGCCUUUAAAGACCUUUAACAACACUCCAGGUCAUAGGGGUGCGGUUUUAACUGUGGACUUAUUAAACAUCUUGGUGCAAUUUUUAAGUUGGAUUUAAUUGGGGAAGAAAAUCCACAUAUUUAUGUCUGUAAUGUACUUUAUGAAGAUAACUGAAUAUGAAGCAAUUACUUUAUAUUUAAAUUGCAAUGUAUUUUCUUGAAGUAAAAUGUUUUUAAUGAAUGUAUUUAUGAGAUUUUUAUUUUGAAAUCAGAUUAAAAGCAAAGUUCAUUUUA